AUGGCACCCUCCAAGCGUGGUCUCGGCUGGCCUUACGAUAACGAAGCCGGCGCGUUCAAGCCCUAUGAUGGGGCUAUCAAGGACCAUACGAUCACAUGGCUCUUCAACUGGGAGAUGUGGAAGCCCAAAGGUUUUCCAGCCGGGCUGACUUACGUCCCCCAAGUUCGUACGGCAGCCGAAGCUGGCAAGAUUGACCAGUUCUUGGGUAGCCUUGGAAAGAUCAGCCACUUCAUCGGGUUCAACGAGCCGGACCACCCCGGGCAAGCAAACAUGUCCGUGUCUCAGGCCGUGCAGCUGUGGAGGCAGCACGUCCUGCCCGCGAAGAAGAAGUAUGGCUUCAAGCUGGGUUCCCCAGCAAUGACCAACUCGCCCGCAGGCAAGAAGUGGCUGCAGGACUUCCUGAAGCAGCUCGGUGGAGACGCGCAGAUCGACUUCAUCGUGGUCCACUGGUACGGGCUGGACGUCAACAACCUGAAGCAAUUCAUCGAGGAUAUGCACAAGACUUUCAACAAGCCCAUCUGGCUGAAUGAGUUCGCCUGCACGACGUUUGGUGGCAAGGUGCCGAGCUUGCAGGAGGUCGAGAACUUUGAGCGAGAGGCGCUGAAGUACCUCGAUGGCAAGGAUUUCGUCGAGAAGUAUGCUUGGUUUGGGGCCGCGACGAACAACGGAAGCAUGGGUGGUGUUGCGGUUGUGGACAAGCUGGCCAACAACGGGAACCUGACAUCUGUGGGCAAGAUUUACUGUGCUAAACCCCAGAGCCAGGCCGCCGUAGCGACGGCAAGUGUAGCAACAAAUGCUGUGCCAGAGUCCGAGGAGGUUGCUACUGAAUCCGUCGCAGCUGAGUCUGUCACAGCCGAGCCUGUCGCAACUGAGCCUGCUGCAAGCGAGCCUGCUGCAACUGAGCCUGCUGCAACUGAGCCUGCUGCAACUAAACCUGCAGCGGCCGAGCCUGUGGCCGCAGAAGCACUCCCGCUGAUGAAUCUGAACAUAGUGUCAAGGGCAGUGGCGGCUCCGGCCAAGCCUGGCAUCCAGCUGACUAACAAGAGCAACAAGGAAGAGACGUUCCAGUUCUUCAACAACUACUGGAACGGCAACGGAACGGCGGGAGCCAACUUUGACCACCCGGAGAAACCGACGAAACUGAAGCCGGGCCAGUCGACCUUCGUGGAGCUCCCGGAGUCUUUCAAAGGCCGGGUCCAGCGCGGCAAGCUGAUCCCGGCGACGUGGGUCGAGUUCCAGCUGUCUGCGAGCAAUGACCACAAGGCAUGGGGAGACAUUAGCCUCCAACAGGGCUACGACGGUCCCGCUAUGAUCAGGUCGACGGAUGGGACCAACAACUCGAUCGGCUUCACCAACGACAUCCUCCCUGGGGCGCCCAAGGCGGCGAGGCAGAAGAGGUCCGACGGCAAGGAGUGCCUUGCGAGUACGAUGGGUAACUGGAUGGGAGGCCCGAACCAGGCUGCGAUUGACUACGAGAACAAGGUAGUCGGGCAGAAGAAGGCGUACAUUACUGGCGGAUCGGGCACGAUUGUGGUGAACUCGAAGAACAAGAGGUUGGCCGUUGAAUUCUACUAA